AUGGCAGACAAAACUAAGGUGUUCAAAGAUUCCGUUCAUGGGAGUCUGGAGCUGCACCCAGUCCUUGUCAAGAUCAUCGAUACGCCUCAGUUUCAGCGACUUCGAAACAUCAAGCAGCUUGGAGGGACGUAUUACGUUUAUCCUGGAGCCUCUCACAACCGCUUUGAACACAGCAUUGGGGUGGCGCACUUGGCUGGAGAACUUCUUCAGACUCUCAAAAAGAAGCAGCAAAAACUCAGAAUUGAUGAGAGGGACGUCCUUUGUGUGCAGAUAGCUGGACUUUGCCAUGACCUGGGACAUGGACCGUUUUCCCACAUGUUUGAUCAAAUGUUUAUACCUAAAGCACGUCCUGGAUAUGACUGGAGUCAUGAGAAGGCAUCUCAAGACAUGUUUGACCAUCUAGUGGAAGAAAAUGAGUUGAACAAAUUCAUGGAGGACCACGGCCUGGUGCCGAAAGAGGACCUUCCCUUUAUAAAGGAGCUGAUUGAUCCUCCGAAUGUUAAAACAAUUGAGUGGCCACACCAUGGCCGACCCAGAGAGAAGGCCUUCCUCUAUGAAGUUGUGUCCAACAAAAGGAACAAGAUUGAUGUGGAUAAGUGGGAUUAUUUUGCCAGGGAUUUCCAUCACUUGGGUAUGAAGAACAAUUUUGACUGCCAUCGCCUGAUUAAAUUUGCCAGAGUGUGUGAAGUGGAUGAGGAGAUGCAGAUCUGUUACAGAGACAAGGAGGGGUUCAAUCUCUACAACAUGUUCUACACAAGGUUCUGUUUGCACAAAAGAGCAUGCCAGCACAAAGUGGCCAACAGCAUAGAGUGGAUGAUCACAGACGCUUUUCUGAAAGCAGAUAAACACAUCAAGAUUGAAGGCAAGGAUGGAAAGAUGUUCACUCUCUCCACAGCUAUUGAUGACAUGGUGGCAUACACUAAGCUGACAGAUAAUGUAUUUGAACAGAUACUGAACCACCCGUCUGAUGCGGGCAUUGAAGAAGCAAAAAAGAUUCUGGAACACCUGUGUACUAAAGCAGAUAUCGAAGAAACUAAGAAGAUACUGAACAAUUCAUCUACUGAAGAACCCAAUGAAGAGGCAAAGAAAAUACUGGACCACCUGUCUACUGGUGUGGGCUUUAAAGCAUUAGAGAAGACACUGGUCCAUCUGUCUACUGAUGCGGGGUUUGAAGAGGCAAAGAAUAUUCUGGACACCUUGUCUACUGCUGUAGCCAUUGAAAAUCUAAAGAUGAUACUGGUCAAUCUGCCUACUAAUCCAGACUUUAGAGACAUAAAGAAGAUACUAGACUUCCUAUCUACUGAUGAGGGAAAAAAAGAUUCAAAGAAGAAACUGGAACACCAGUCUGCUGAUGCAGCCAUUGAAAAGGCAAAUGAGAUACUGGACCACCUGUCUACUGAUGCAGCCAUUGAAAAGAUAAAGAAGAUAUUGGAACACCUCUCUACUUAUGCAGGCUUUAAAGAGCUAAAGAAGAUACUGGACCACCUGUCUGCUGGUGUGUGCUUUAAAGAGGUGAAGAAGAUACUGGACCACCAGUAUACUGAUGCAGCCAUUGAAGAGCUAAAGAAGAUACUGGGCCACCUGUCUACUGAUGUGGGCUUUGAUUAUGUAAAGACGAUACUGGACCACCUUGUUAAAAAGUUAAAUGCCAUACUUGCCUACCUAGCUCCUUAUGUGGGUCCUGAAACAGUAGAGGAGAUACAAGAACUCCAGUCUGCUGAUACAGCCAUUAAAAAGAUACUACAACAUCUGUCUACUGAUGAGGGCUUUAAAGAGGUAGAAAAGAGACUGGAACGCAAGCGUACUGAUGCAGCCUUUGAAGAGGCAAAGAAGAUACUGGAACACCUGUCUACUGAUAACGACUUUAAAGACGUAGACAGCAUACUGCACCACCUGUCUAUUGAUACUGCCUUUAAAAAGGUAAAGAAGAUAUUGCAAGACCAGUAUACCGAUGCAGCCACUGAAGAGGCAAAGAUACUGGAACACCUGUAUACUGAUGCAGACACUGAAAAAGUAAAGAUGAUACUGAAGCACCUGUCUACUGAUGCAGCCAUUGAAAAGGUAAAGAGGAUACUGAAGCACCUGUCUGCAGAUGCUGAAAAGGCAAAGAAGAUACUGGAGUACUUUUUUACUGAUGCAGAUGCUGAAAAGGCAAAGAAGAUACUGGAGCACCCUCCUACUGGUGAAGUCAUUGAACAGAUAAAGAAAAUACUGGAGCACAUAUCUACUGAUGCAGACAUUGAAAAAGUAAAGAAGAUACUAAACCACCUUUCUGCUGAUCGAGACAUUAAAAAGGGAAAGGAGAUACUGGACAGAGUCCUUAAACGGGAUCUCUACAGGUGUUGGGGGGAAUUUCACUCAAACAAAUCCUCCAAAGAAAUUAAGAAAAUCGAGGCAGAAUGGGAAAAAAAAAUGAAAAAAAUCAACCAACAGGGUGACACUCAACACCUGCAGCCAGAGGACUUUGUGGUUCAUGAAAUUAAAUUAGACUAUGGGAAGCAGGAUAAAGACCCAAUAGAGGAUGUGCGUUUCUACCAAAAAGACGAUCCAGAUAAAGCCGAAGAACUUAAAAGAGAUGAUGUAUCUAACCUUCUUCCAGCAAAAUUUGAAGAGACAAUAAUCAGAUUCUACUGCAAAAGGACAAAUGAUCCGGAGGCUGGCAAGCAGCAAUUUAAGAAAUUUAAGUCCACACACGACAAAUUUCCAGAAUGAAGAUGUGGCAGCUUCUGAAGAGUCUCUUCCAUAAUCCAGCUGGGGCAGCAAUUAUAAAGUUAUAUGAAAUAAACUUGUUUUUUAGAGUAAGUGCAGAAACAACCCUAUAUGAAUCAUUUGGAGAAGGUUUUUUGUUAAACUCUGAUUUAAUUUUUUUUAUUUUUUUUUAUUAAGAACAGGUGUUUAUCAGCACAAUUUAAAUAUACCUAUAAGGAGAA